UGCGAAGCUAUUAAGCGAAAGCUUCCGCAGCUGAUGUUUCACAAAUAAAAACAGCAUAGUUAUUAGUUCAAGUAUGACAGAAGAGAUCAACUAACUGAUCAACAGAAACACAAAAUAGAACCAAACAGAUCAGCCCGGUGGAAAUCUCGGUCUCGUCAUAGACGUAGUGUUGAAUUCGCGUAGUUAAUUUUUGGUGAUUGCUAAUGUAAUCCGUAGUGACACAGUGACUAAAUAAGAAAUAAUUGUGCAUAACUGUAAAAAUGGGUGCUGGUUAUAAGUGCAUGAAAUAUUUAUUUAUUGUCCUCAACAUAAUAUUUCUGCUGUUUGCUAUAGCUGGAAUAGGUGUUUCCAUAUGGAUGUUUGUGGACCCAACGAUUCCUUUACAUUUUAUGCAGAAAUCUAAUGAUUAUCUAAUAUCAACCAUUAUCAUUCUCAUAGCCUCCAUCAUUCUUUUAAUUGUGGCUCUUCUGGGAAUUUAUAGUGUUGCCAAAGAAGCACGCAAGGCUCUUAUUGCGUCCUUUUGUCUGCUUUUAAUAAUCGUCGUGGCAGAAGUGGCAGCUGGCGUUUGGGGUUACAUAAAUCGAGACAAACUCGAUGUGCAUAUCCGUACAUAUGUGCAGAAAAUUGUUAGAGAAGAUUACGAUGUGGACGAAAAUGUCAGGAGCCUGUUUGAUACGAUCCAGUCCAAGAUGUACUGCUGUGGCGCUCUUUCACCCAUGGAUUGGACUAAGGGACAGGUACUAUACAUGGGAAUAAAAAAUUCUCCUUCGAUUUACAACAUCCCGCAAAGUUGUUGCCGACCAGGAGUUUCGCCAAAAGAAUGUGCUACUGCCACACACCUGGAAGUAGGCAGUAACCCUGACUCAAAUAUUAUUUACGACAGAGGCUGCUACACGCUAAUCAUGACAAAGUUGGCCGAUAACAUCUGCACAAUCAUGAUUGUCGGAGGGAUCAUUUUGGCUGUCCAGGUUCUAGGUUUGUUGCUUGGCUUGAUCCUCUCUUGCUCUAUGAAUAGAUCGCAUCGGUAUAAGGCUUAAGCUGCUCUCUAUAUCUUGGUUUAUCGGUAGUUAAGGAACAAGAUAAUUAUUUUCUGAUUAAUGAUAUUAUACCAAAAAUUAUUAUAUAUUCUACGAGAAGUCUACUAUUUUCAGAGGUGUACAAAAUAAGCUGUUUACAAAUAUCUGAUGUUUGUGCCAUAUCUAUGUCUUCGUGUUUGUGAAAUUUCCUGAUACGGAAUAUAAAAGUAAUUCUAACGGCGGAAUUUGCAGGUGUGGCAUGGUACAAAUCUUGUAAAGUACAAUAAUUCUGCUAUAAUAGUAUUUUGAAUACAAUUUUGGUGCAAUACAUACAAUUUUUGUAUUAAAAAAAUUAUGCCGAGAAAUGUUUUUCUUUAUUCAUGAUUUCAUUGUUUUCUAGUAUCAAAUGUUUCGUAUUUUCGUAUUUGUACCUUGCCAUUUUUUCUAUAUUUAUUAUACGUUUAAGGUUUAAUAUUUAUUAUGCAUUUACAUGCUAUUUCAAAUAUAUGCCAUCAUUCAAGGGGAGAUCCUUGUCCAAAACUUGGGCAAAAUGUCAUGAAUCCGUUCUUACUUGUUAUUUCUGUUGACAUUUUUUGUAUCUUGUUUUUUUCUCAAAUCAGUAAUUUGAUUUUUAAUGAAAUUUUGAUGAUGGUAACCUUUUUACAUUUCCUGUGAUUAAGUGUUUAAUAAUUUAAUAACAAAUAAUUUUCAAAGAUAUUAAGUACGUUACCUAAUAAAAUUAUGUUUAUCUUAAUGUCAUACGUUUAGCAUUCAUGAACAAUCAUUGUAAAAAAAUGUCCUGCACUCUCGAUGCAUUAUAUUGCUGAAUAUUAAGGAUUUCUGAAGAUAAGGACUAACGAUACUUCAUAAGUAAACAGGAUAUAAAGUGUAACGAUAAUACUUAAGUGCUUAUGAGACAGAAUUUUUGCUUCAAAAUUAUCAGACUUUUAAGAUUACAAAUAUUCCAACAGGUUAAAAUAUUUUAUAGAAAUAAUAUUAAGUACUACACGUGGGCGAUUACAAUUACGGUGAAGACAGUUGUAUAAAUAGACGUGAACAAAUUGGUGAAGAGAUUCGAAAAGUUUCCUUCUUUAAGUGUGUCGAUAUAAAUUCUACGUCUUCGAUGCUAACUUUGACUACCUCGGAUAAUGAAAAGUAUGAAGAGGAUUAUAUAAACAUUUCUAGUGAUGAUACCCCAAGAAAGAAAAAACUAAAGUAUGAACUUGGACAACUUUCCUUCAUUUCCAAAAACAAAAAUAUAUCCCGCUUUUAGCAAAAUAAAUGUCGUUUAAAAAAGAAAAUUGACAAUUUGAGAAGUAUCCUUGACAAACUCUAUGAGGAAAAAUUGCUGAAUGAUGAAAUUACAUUUUAAACGUAUUUGGAAAACAAUUAGCCUAUGUCAGAUUUAUUUUUAAGAAAUGUGUCUACAAACACGGGUCAACUCCAAGAGGUUAUUUCCCUGUACUUCGAACUUUUGCCCUGAUGCUGAGUUAUUAUUCACCAAAAGCUUACAAACGUGUAAGAGACACAUUUGCCAUGCACUUACCUCAUCCCGGGACAAUAAGGAAAUGGUAUCAAACGGUAAAUGGAAAUCCUGGUUUCACAAAAGAAUAUUUUCAAAUACUUAAAACCAAAUCUACCCCACGUUGGGCGCCAAUUGUACUUCCUUAAACCUAUGGGUUUAGGUUUACAGUAAGAAAGUCGGUGGAGGUACAGAAAGAACUGAUACGUCUUGAUCAUAACAAUAUUUAUUACUCGAUACCAAUGACAGUUGACAAUAAUUAAUAGCCUAACAGCUUACAAACGAUUUCUAAAUUUAAGAACUAUGUGAUGGCGCUCAGUGUCUCCAAACGGGAAUGUGGAAAUUCGCGGAUAGAGAUACGGUAGCAGAUAUCUGACCUUAGAUCCUUCAAUUUACUUUUGCAGGCAGUUAUCUAGGGUACAGGCGGGCUGGUGACAAGGGGAAUACGGUUAACUCUGUUGUGCUUCCCUGGAUGAUCUGGAAUGCAGUGGCGGCUCAUGAAGGAGGACUCUGGGGACUCCGCCCCCCCCUCCAGAUAUUUUCAAACUGUAAACUUAAAAUAAUUUAUUUAUUUAAAUCAAUAAAAAAUCUAAAUAGCGUGCAUUCAAUAUGUCUUGGAUUUAGGUUGGUUGCAUAAAGUGCAUGUACACCAUGAACGUGGCUUAGCUUAAUGCCAUCUGCCAUCUAUGAUUGUACCAAAGAGUUAUCUUUGACCGCGCUAUCCCCAUUUCAUCGCGGAUGCUGAAAUCUGAGUCCAUCGUGCAAGCAUAUUUCUACAUAUGAUGUGACAAAUUGGCACGUGGAGGGGAUAGGUGACGAUAGGCUCGCACGCUUUGUUUUGGACUUCAUGUGACGGUAACCCGUUUCACUGAAGUGUGUUUAUACGUGUUUUGUUUUUGCUUUGGCGCUUUUUAAGAAAUUAUAUUUUAUAAGUUUAAAUUUAAAAUGAGGGUUU